AGUAGUAGCGAUUUAACAAAGUACAAAAGUCUCUCACCUUCUCUCUCUAAAAAUACAUAAACAAAACAGGCACAGGCUUUCUCUCUCUAGUUUCUGUUUAGUUCUUUUCUUCUUUUUUCUAUUUUACCCGAGGCGGCUCUGCUCGCGAUCCAGGCUACUGAUUGUACUCUUUUUUUGAAGUCAAUUUUUGAAGCUUCAUUUGGCAGGCAAAGUUUACGAUCUAGGGUUUCUAUUAUUGUUUUGGCUGUGUUGUUGUCUUGAAUCUCGAAUAUUAAAUUAUACGAGCUCGUUUUGGCGAAAGGUUCUCUUUCUCGCUAUCCAUUGAGCCAGCAAAGGAUAAGUGACUGGUAAUCACUUUCUAGCGUUUUAGGGUUUCUGCGUUUUUCUUUUUCAGUUGUAUGAUAAACCUAGUUCAUGAUUUUGUAUUUAGUGUUAGGGUAUAUAAUUUAACUAUGUUGUUAUUAUUUUUGACAGGUGUAAAUUCUUAAAUCUUUUUCUGAAUUUAGUAGGAAAUAAAUUUUAAUAUAUUUCAAGUUUAUUUAUUUAUUUGAAUUUCUUUAUAGAAUUUUAAGAGUUGCAGAACUUUGGGAUUAUUGUUCUUUAAUUUUGAGUAUAUUCGUUUAGAAGUAAAAUUUUUGGAAAGUAUUAAAGUACGGUAUUAAAUUUUGGGUGAUGACAUGCUGUUUGCGCUAACUCAAUGGGGGUUGUUAUUAUGUAUAAUGUUGAAGGCACAAAAGUACAAGGAGGUAAUAUUAUUCCAAUGAUUUAUUUAUGCAGAGUUGGGUUAUUAAACCAACUGCUUUCUCCUAGCUGAUAGAAAGGACUUAAGGAAGGCUAAGAUGAUGAUGGAAAGGAAUGAUAAAUUUCGUGGCGGAUUUUAUCGAAAUACAUUUGAGACAGUAGGUGAACUAGAGGGUUCUGGCAGCUCAGGGCGGAUUGAUACUGAGAUUACUGCUUCUGAGGAUUCAAGUGCCCCAACCAGAAAGCGCAUUAAUUUAAAUUCCAAUAAACAGGACUCCUUUGGUGUGCCUUUACAAGUCCUCUCAUUUUCUCGCAUGUCAUCAUCUGAAAGAAAGAAUUUAAUACGCCGGUUGAGAUUUGAACUUGAACAGAUUCGGUUGCUCCAAAAGAAAUUGGAGGUGCAGAAAAUAAAUGCUGUUACACUGUCAUCUUCCAGCGAUAUUCUUAGUUGUAGUAAUGGGACAAAUGGGCCUCGUGCUGCAAAAUUUAACAAGUCGGCAAUGUUGACCUCUGGGCCAGUGAAGAAAGCCAAUCCUUCAGAUAAAAUUCGUGAAUGGAACAGGAGUAGUUCUGGAAGGUUCAAGUCCACAAAGCAGCCUUCAGCACCAUUGGCUACAAAUAUGAUGGUAAUGAAGCAGUGUGAGACUUUGUUGAGUAGAUUGAUGAGCCAUCAGUACGGAUGGGUAUUCAAGGAGCCAGUUGAUGUAGUGAAGUUGAACAUUCCAGAUUAUUAUACUAUUAUUAAGCACCCAAUGGAUUUGGGGACAAUAAAGAGCAAUAUAUGCUCGGGUUUGUACUCUAGCCCGUUAGAAUUUCUUGCUGAUGUGAGGCUUACUUUUAGAAAUGCUAUGGAAUACAAUCCAAAGGGCAGUGAUGUACACAUUAUGGCUGAUACACUUAGUAAAUUUUUUGAAGUGAGAUGGAAAGCUAUUGAGAAGAAAUUGCCUAAGAUUGAUACUCAUGGUUUACCUUCAAAGUCAGGUCCUCGCGAAGACUUGCAAAUUACUGAAAUAUCUCCUAUUAAAAAGAGAAAAAUAUCUUCAUAUCAGCAUGAAAUUGUGGCAGUGCCUGUUAGACGGGUAAUGACAGAUGAUGAGAAGCAGAAAUUAGGCAAAGAAUUGGAAUCUUUGUUGGGAGAAAUGCCUAUCCAUAUCAUUGAUUUUCUGAAAGACCAUAGUUCAAAUGGGAGGGAUGCAGGAGAAGAUGAAAUUGAGAUAGACAUUGAUGAUCUCAGUGAUGACACUUUAUUCACACUGCGGAGGCUUCUAGAUGACUAUUUGCUAGAGAAACAAAAAAGCCAAGCUAGGGUGGAACCUUGUGAGAUAGAGCUAUUGAAUGAAUCUGGGCUAAGCAAUUCAUCCAUGCAACAGCAAAAAGGGAAUGAUGCAGCCGAUGAGGACGUUGACAUAGGUGGCAAUGAGCCCCCUGUCUCAAGCUAUCCUCCUGUGGAGAUAGAGAAGGAUACAGGCAACAAGGGAACUAAAUGCAUCAGCUCAGGCAGCCCUACUGGGUCUGAUUCUGAUAGCUCUUCUGAGAGUGACACUGAUGCAAAAGCUUUGAGUCCAACUACUGCAACAAAGGUUAAUGGAAACUUCGGUUCUGGGCCUCAAUUAGACGAUAAAACAAGUGCAGUUGAUCUUCUGGAGAGAAAUCAGUCAUGUCCAGAAUCUGUUAGUGGGUUGGAUCAACUUGAACAGACUUCCCAGCAAAAGCCAAGUUCAGUUGAAUCAGAUUGCUGUCAAGAUGAUCUUCCUGCAAACAUCUUAGGGGACAGUGCUCCAAAUGAAAGGCAGGUCUCUCCAGAUAAGCUUUUCAGGGCUGCAAUGCUGAAGAACCGUUUUGCUGAGACAAUAUUAAAAGCUCGUGAAAAGACACUUUCACAGGUUGAUAAAGGGGAUCCUGAGAAACUGAGGCGGGAGAAGGUGGAACUCGAGCUGCAGAAAAAGAAAGAAAAAGCAAGGUUGCAGGCAGAAGCUAAGGCUGCUGAAGAUGCUCGAAAGCAGGCUGAGGCAGCAGCUGCAGCUGAGGCUAGACGAAAGAGGGAGCUUGAAAGAGAAGCAGCACGUCAGGCAUUAUUGAAGAUGGAAAAAACUGUUGAAAUUAAUGAGAACUCUCAGUUACUGGAAGACUUGGAAAUGCUUAGAGCUGCCCCUGUGGAGCAUUUACCAAGUUCUGUAGAUGAGACGAGCCCAGUUCACUCCCAAGAUGGCUUGGGUGGCUUUAAAUUUGGGGGAAGUAACCCGUUAGAACAACUUGGUUUGUUCAUGAAACAAGAUGAAGAGGAGGAAGAGGGGGAGCCAUUAAAUAUUCUGAAUCCUGUAAAUGACAUGGAAGAGGGAGAAAUCGAUUGAGUUAUGUUACUUGUUUGUUUUUUUUCAUGAAGGAUGAUGAAUCGAGGAUCCAGCACAUACAUCUGGUUCUGGAAGAAAAAGGAAAAAGAAAACUUGGUCCGGGCACUUAAAAAAGUGGCCAUGAGACAACCCGAGGAUCGCAAAACAGGAGAGCCAAUGGCCUGGAAUCAUGCAAGUAGGAUUCACUACUUGGGAAGUUCAGAAUGUCGCCAAGUUUGGUACGGAUGAUUAUUAAAAAAUUCAUUGUUGCCUAAAAAAAAUAAUCUCAAACAUAAGAUUGAAGCAACAAAAGUAUCCACAGGGGAAUUUGGAGGGUUGCAUCGUAUUGGGAGGGACUAGAAACAAAUAUAUUCUCCUGUGGGGGUGGGGGUGGGGGUGGGAAUGGUGUUGGGACUUGGUUUUGAGACUUUGCCGAUAUAGAGGUCUAUAUUUAAGAUGUUGAAUAGCAAUUACUUGUAGGGCACGAAGUAUGAGUGCUGUUGGAAUUUGUCUUGUCCAUAUUUACAGAGAAGUCUAGAUUUUUAUCACCAGAAUAUGCGAUAUUUUCAAACUUAAGCCAGCAUUGAGUGAAAAAAACUGAGACUUGAAGAGCUGGAGUUGCUAUUUCCUGGCCGAUGUAUAAAAACUAUGAUCGCAUAUCCUGCUUUAUUGUGCCAGUUUUUUAGUAGAGCAAGUGUUUAGCAAAAAUUAAUCAUAGUCAAUAAGUCACUGCAAUUAUUCCGGA